UUAAAAUAUCUAAAACAUGUCUUUCUAUCUGAUGAUUGACGUUUACUAAAUGCAAACCCAAACCACACUGACAUUGUGCAUUCUUUGCAACUGCACUAUAAACGAUGACAUUUACCAAAUAGAUAUGAACUAGUCAUAGAUUGUUUAAAACUAAAAAUUAUUUGGUAAACAUUCUAUGGCCGCAUUUUAAAUUUGUUAAAAUUGUGUAUUUAAAUACAUAUGUAACCACAAAAGUCAAUGUGAAUUUUAUACAAUGUUACUAUGCACAGGCGCCUCUCAAAAUGAAUGAUUCUAUCCAUGGUCACAUGCAAUUCGAUCCUCUGAUUUUCAAAAUAAUUGACACACCAGAAUUUCAAAGAUUGAGAAAUAUUAAGCAGCUCGGUUCAUCCAAUUUGGUUUAUCCUAGCGCAACACACAGUCGCUUUGAACAUUCUAUAGGAGUAUGCCACCUUGCUGGUGAAAUGCUGAAUAAUCUCGAAUUGCAUACAGAAAAUCUUACCAUUUUGCCAAAGCACAAAAUGUGUGUUAAAAUUGCAGCUUUAUGCCAUGACUUAGGACACGGACCUAUGUCUCACUCAUGGGAAAUAUAUGUUAGAAGAAAUCAACCUGAAGACAAUUGGAGUCAUGAACAAGCAUCUGUAUUAAUGUUUAAGAAAUUAUUAGAAAAUAUUAACCACGAUUUAUCAUCCGAAGAUAUUUCAAUGAUUGAAAAUUUGAUAAAGGGAUUCGAUGAGGAAAGUGAUUUUACUGUAGCUCCUGAAUUACAAUAUUUAUAUGAGAUAGUAAAUAAUAAAUAUUGUGACAUGGAUGUUGAUAAAUGGGAUUACCUAAUCCGUGAUUCAAAAUACACUAAUAUUCCAACCGGUUUUGAUCACAUGCGAUUAUUAUCAGGUGUUAAAGUUAUUAAAGAUGUUGAUGGCACAAGUCAUAUUAGUUACAGAGAUUCUGAUGCUAUUAAUGUAUCUAGAAUGUAUAUGGACCGUGCUAAUUUACACUUUUAUUGUUAUAAACACAAAGCUGGUCAAAUGGCAGAAGAAAUGUAUUUUGAUGCAAUUGCCUUAGCUGAAAAUGAUCCAAAGUUGAAAAUACGACUACGAUCGGGUGAAGAGUACAAAUUUUCAACUGCUCACAGGAAUAUGGUUGCUUAUGAACAAUUAACAGAUAGUAUAAUAGAGAGAAUACUUUGGUCAGAUUGUGAUGAAGCUAAAUCAUUACUAAAUCGAAUAUUGAUAAGAGAUUUCUAUAAAGUCAUUUAUAGAAAAAAAUUUAGCAAUAAAGAUGAUUUAGAUAGAAUUGAAGGUGCAAAAAACCACAUCUUAAAAUAUUUAUCUGACAAGACUAAGUUGAAACUAGGUAUGAACAAAAGAACUAUGGCAAUGGGAAAUAAUGGUAAACUUAAAAAUACACCAUUCCAUAACAAAUAUGGAGAAAAAGUAAUUGAGCAAGAUUUGCAGUUAUUUAGCCAAUCAGGUAGUCCUGAACAAUUCUGGUAUGGGGAAAUACUAAUAUUUAGUAAAGAAAAUAGAACAGCUUCAACCGUGUGCAGAAAUGUAAUAAUUGAUAAUGAAGCAAACAAAUGUAUUAAUGAAAUUUUAGAAUCAAGUCCUAUACGAAAUGGAAUUUAAAAUUUUAUUCAUAUACCGUAUUUUUAUGUUCUGAGUUUUU